UCUCCACUCUCUUUCCCCAGUUUUGCCCUCUCUUUCACUUUCUUUCUUCUCUAGACUUAACCCCUGCCUCUCCUCUGCCCUCGGCUUUCACCAUUCUCUUUUUCCUCUGCAUAAAAAAAAAACAGGGGAAUACGCAUAAAAACCCAGAGAAAAAAUGCACAGAAUAUGUAGCGUGGAAUCUGAAAUCGCUCUUCGUCUUCCUCUGGCCUUGCUUUCUUGCGUUUAGCCUGCAAUGGAGGUCUCCUCUGAUAAACCCACCAGAGAAUAAAAGGUGGGGAAGGAAGAAUCCCGAGGGCCAGCAGGAAAAAACCCCCCUUUUUUUCUGGUCCUGUUCUAUGGCAGCAGCAACAGAGCCGUCCCAAGAGGUCUUCUCAUGGCUCAAGAAUCUGCCUUUGGCCCCGGAGUACCACCCCACGCUCGCCGAAUUUCAAGAUCCGAUAGCUUACAUUUUCAAGAUUGAGAAGGAAGCCUCCAAGUACGGUAUCUGCAAGAUUGUGCCCCCUGUGCCCCCCGGCCCGAAGAAAUCCGCCAUUACCAAUCUGAACCGCUCUCUGGCUGCUCGCGCCUCGAGCUCCGAGCGUCCUAAUUCCAAAUCCUCACCCACAUUCACUACCCGGCAGCAGCAGAUCGGGUUCUGCCCUCGGAAGCCGUGCCCUGUCAAGAAGCCCGUGUGGCAGAGCGGGGAGAACUACACUUUCCAAGAUUUCGAGACCAAGGCCAAGAGCUUCGAGAGGGUUUACUUGAGGAAAUUUUACAAGAAGGGGUCUCCUUCGGCUCUCGAAAUCGAGACCCUUUACUGGAAGGCGGCUGUGGACAAACCCUUUUCCGUGGAGUAUGCGAAUGACAUACCCGGUUCGGCUUUUCCGCCGAUACGUUCGAAGAAGGGGAGGGAGACAGGGGAAGGUAUGUUGACUGUCGGGGAGACCAAUUGGAACAUGAGAGGGGUCUCGAGGUCGAAAGGGUCGCUGCUGAGGUUCAUGAAGGAGGAGAUACCGGGAGUCACUUCACCUAUGGUUUAUGUGGCUAUGAUGUUUAGCUGGUUCGCUUGGCAUGUCGAGGACCAUGACUUGCACAGCCUGAAUUACUUGCACAUGGGGGCUGGGAAGACUUGGUAUGGUGUGCCAAGAGAUGCUGCAGUUGCAUUUGAGGAGGUUGUCAGGGUUCAGGGGUACGGAGGAGAGGUCAAUCCACUUAUUACAUUUGCCGUUCUUGGUGAGAAGACGACAGUAAUGUCUCCCGAAGUGCUUGUGGGGGCAGGAGUUCCAUGUUGCAGAUUGGUGCAAAACGCUGGAGAAUUUGUUGUCACUUUCCCUAGAGCCUACCAUUCGGGGUUUAGUCAUGGGUUUAAUUGUGGAGAGGCAGCUAAUAUUGCCACUCCCGAGUGGCUACUAUUUGCAAAGGAGGCCGCUAUUCGAAGAGCUUCAAUUAAUUAUCCUCCCAUGGUGUCACAUUUUCAGUUACUUUAUGACCUGGCUUUAGCAUUUUGCUCAAGGGUUCCUACAUGCAUAAAUACUGGGCCACGCAGUUCUAGAUUGAAAGAUAAGAAAAAGGGUGAAGGAGAGUCCAUGGUCAAAGAGCAGUUUGUACAGAAUUGUAUCGAGAACAAUAAACUGCUUCAUAUUCUUGGAAAAGAUUCUACCGUUGUACGUCUUCCUGAAAGUUCUUCAGACAUUUCUGUUUGUUCAAACCUACGUGUUGGAUCCCAUUUAAGGGUGAACCGCAGCUUGUCUGAGGAUACUAUGACGUCUCAUGGGGGACUGGUGUCUGACAAUCUUAUUGCAGAUAGAAAACAGACCAUUGAUUUAGUAGAUGAUUUGUACUCAAUGAAAGCGUUUUCCUCCUUUUAUGAGAGGAAGAGGAUUUUGUCAAUGUACGGAGCUGGUGAUAUUCACCCACCUAGAGACGGCGAAGGAGAUAGUAAAGCACAAGGCGAUAGGUUGUCAGAUCAAAGACUCUUUUCCUGUGUCACGUGUGGAAUACUGACCUUUGCUUGUGCUGCCAUUGUUCAACCUAGAGAACCAGCUGCUAGGUAUCUCAUGUCGGCCGAUUGUAGCUUCUUUAACGACUGGACUGUUAAUCCUGGCGUUCCUACCAAAGGCUUCAAUGUUUCUGCUGGUGCUGAUAUAAUUGCAUAUAAAAGGAGAACACAAGCAGGAUCUGUUGAGAAAAGUCGCGCUGCUGCUCUCUAUGACGUCUCUCCACUUCAAUCAACUAAUUAUCAAAUCCAAGAAGCCCAUCAAAGCUCUGAAGCUUUUUCAAAUUCUGAUAAAUUAAAAGGGACUUCUGCCCUUGGUUUAUUAGCUUUAAAUUAUGGAAAUUCAUCUGAUUCUGAAGAAGAUCAGAUUGAUUCGGAUGCUCCUAAUGAGACUACUUCAAGACCUCAGUAUGGUAAUAAUAAUCUUCCUGAUUCAGCGUUGCCUCCUUUCUUGCCAGAACACCACAGUGGUCCAAAUGGCGGUUCUCCUCAUAAUUGCUGUCCCGAAAUUGGAUAUAGAGGAGCUAACUUUGUGGAUAAAAGUCAUCAGACCUUUAAGUACUCUGCUAACUUUAGAGCUGAUGAAACCAGAUCGAGUGAAAAACAUGGAAGCACAGGUUUUCCUAAAUCUGAUGAAGACUCCUCUAGAAUGCAUAUAUUCUGCCUUGAGCACGCCAUUGAAGUUGAUCAGCGACUUCGACCUAUAGGAGGGGUUUAUAUAUAUCUUGUGUGUCAUCCAGACUAUCCAAGGGUUGAAGCUGAGGCAAAGUUGCUGGCUGAAGAGUUGGGAAUAGAUCAUUCAUGGAAUGAAAUAGCGUUCAGGGAUGCUAUGGGAGAGGAUAAGGAAAGAAUUCAAUCAGCUUUGGAUAGUGAGGAAGCAAUAGCUGGAUAUGGGGACUGGGCAGUAAAACUUGGCAUCAAUCUCUUCUACAGUGCGAAUCUCUGCUCGUCUCCUCUUUAUAGCAAGCAAAUGCCUUACAAUUCUGUGAUAUACAAUGCAUUUGGUCGUGAAUCUUCCAGCUCACCUGCAAAGCUUGAUGAUUUUGGUCGGCGGCCAAGCAAGCAGAAGAAAAGUGUUGCAGGUAAAUGGUGUGGUAAAGUGUGGAUGUCAAAUCAGGUCCAUCCCUUUCUGGCACCUAAGGAUGCUGAAGAAGUAGAAGAAGAGAGAAGCUUCCAUGCUUCGAUGACAUCUGAUGACAAGCUUGAGAGGCAAUCUGGGUUGAAUAGAGAAACCACCUUGGCAACUAGAAAAUUUUCUAGGAAGAGAAAAAUGGCCAGAGAGAGUGGGCCAUCCAAGAAAAAGAGUGUUUCUAGAAAGGAAGAAGUUUCAGAUGAUGCCUUAGCUGAAGAUUCUGAGAAGCUCAUGAGCAUUCCUAAACACAAGACAGCCAAAAGCUUUAGGAGAGAGGACCCAGUUUCAGAUGAUCAAGUUGAUGAGAUUUCUUGUUUGCAGCAUCAAACAAUUCCCAGAAGGAAGCAAAAAAAGUUUGUGAAGAGAGGAUAUGCCAGCUCAGAUGAUGAUUCUCUGGAGGACAAGUUUAAAGCGUUGCGUGGAAAGAAUUUUAGAAAGGCAACCAAUUUCACAUCAAGUGGCGACAUGCUUUCAGAUGAUUCACUGGAGGAGGACUCUCAGCAGCAGGGGAGGAUUCUUACUGGAAAGAAGACCAAACAUUAUGAGAGGGAUGAUGUCAUGUCAGAUGAUUCGGAGGGGAAUUAUAACAAGCUGCAGCAUCCGAGGAUCUGUAAGAAAACUCCAGCUAAUGCCAAAUUUGAAGGUGCAGAUUCAGACAGUUCACCUGAGGAUGCAUUUCCUCAGCGACAGAGAAGUCUUAGAAACCGAAAGGUGAAUAGAGAUACUCUAAGGAUUAAAAAUCAAGGGAACCUGUUGGAGAAACUGAAGAAGCGAGGAAUUCCUAGGGUAACAAAAGAAGUCGGUGCUCGGCAUCUGAAACAGGAAAGUUCUCGCCCUCGGAGUAACAAAUAUGAGCGCAGUGUUGAGCAAUCAGAUGAAUCAGAUGAAGAGGACCAAGAGGGAGGUGGUCCUAGCACACGCCUGAGGAAGAGAACUGCAAAGCCUACAAAGGAAAGGAAAGCUGAUAAGCCACCACCAGGGAAGAAGCAAGCUAAUAAUGGUAAGAAAAAUGUGAAAGCUGGGCCUACUGUUAAGCGGCCUGUGGGACGAAAUGAUGCUAGAAUGGAGAAGUUCGAGGAAGCAGAAUAUAAAUGUGAUCUUGAGGGUUGCACCAUGAGUUUUGGCUCUAAACAGGAGCUCACCUUGCACAAAAAGAAUGUCUGUCCAGUCAAAGGGUGCGGGAAAAAGUUCUUCUCUCACAAGUAUCUGGUGCAGCACCGUCGAGUCCAUCUCGACGACCGGCCUCUGAAGUGCCCUUGGAAGGGCUGUAAGAUGACAUUCAAGUGGGCCUGGGCUAGGACAGAGCACAUAAGGGUUCACACGGGUGCCCGCCCCUAUAUCUGCGCUGAGCCCGGCUGCGGCCAGACGUUCCGGUUCGUUUCUGACUUUAGUCGUCACAAGAGAAAGACUGGUCACUCGGUGAAGGGCAAGGGUUAAUUUAGGUGUACAAAAGAAUCAUCGCGAUUUAAGGAUUGCUAAUGGGACUUUAGUGGGGCUUUAGGGGGGGUAGCAUCUGGUAGGUAGAAGUGGGAUUCUUCCCUGCAACUCUUCAUUUGACUUGGCUGUUUAUUCCAUUCUGAUCUGGGUCUCCAUUUGGUUAUUUAUUUGCUAGAAGCAGAGAGCAUUCUUCAUUUCUUGGAACACCUAAACCAAUUGUUCUCAAAUGUAAAUCAAUGCUGACCCCGACAUGCAUUUCGCUGAUUUCUCUUGUA